AAGACUUUUCAAAGUGCACCAACUUUCAACUGCCGUGGAGAUCAAUCUUUCCUACACCUUCGACUUUCCUGGUGCUGUCAACUUCUUGAAGUUGGAAUUUGAGUGAUAUAGAACUGGAAAAUCACCUCAACUUUGAGGUCAAUACAGACCAUUGGAGUCGCAGCAGGGAACACUUCAGUCUUGUUCUCCUUUCAUCUAUCCUCAGCAGCUACCAGUUUAGUUUCAGAGAUCACAAAUGGCUGACUGGUCCCAGCUUCCAUAUGAUAUCAUUCAAAUGAUUGCAAUUCGAUUAGAUGCUGUUGAAGAUUUUCUAGCAUUUUCUGCUGUUUGUAGUUCUUGGAGAUCAUUUUACAUGACCAAAAAAUGGACUCCAGGUCCUCAAGUGCCUUGGCUAAUGCUCUCUGAUAAUAAAAACAGUAACAUGAGGAGUUUCUUUAGCUUGUACAGAGAUAAGGUAUACGAAUUGGAGCUGCCUGAAGCUUGUGGUCGGAGGUGCUGGGGAUCCUCUGAUGGGUGGCUUGUAACUAUAGGCAGUGACCUCGAAAUCCAUCUUUUGAAUGCUUUUACCAGAGACCAAAUAAGACUGCCUGCAGCAAGUACAUUCCAGUUCCUCUUCAACGUAGCAGUUGAUUGGUAUCAGUUGAUAGAGAAGGCCAUUCUGAUGAGGAAACCAAGCCAAUCGACUGCUAGCAAAGAGGAUUUCCUGAUUGUGGCAAUUUAUGGUCCUCUAAGGCAGCUGGCCUUUACCAAACCAGGCUAUGCUUCAUGGAUAACCGUUGAAGAAUCAUUUCAGUAUAGGAUCAUGGAUGUUGCUUGCCUCAACGAUCAAAUCUUUGCCAUUUCUGCCACUGGUACCCUUCUUGUUGUUGACAUCAAUUCGCAUCUCCCCGUGAUUGAGCACAUUGCAGCACCCCCACAUGAAUGGGCCAGGGACCAAAUAUUUUUGGUGGAAUCGUUCGGAGAACUUUUGAUGAUUUACCAAAACGUCUACGUUGGUAAUUUAAAUCAUACAGGUGAUCCAGUACAGUUUGACGUGUUUAAAUUUGAUUUCGGCGCAAGAGAAUGGACACAAUUAAUGGAUUUGGGAGAUCGAGCAAUCUUUCUUGGUGAUAACAUAUCCAUGUCUGUUUCUGCAGCCAACUUGAUCAACAUCAGAGGGAAUAGCAUCUAUUUCAUUGGUAGUAAAGUUGAACAUUGGUGGAGAUAUGAUGUGCAUUUCGUGGAUCGUGAUUCUGGGGUGUAUAACAUGGCUAGCAGGAUUGUUGAACCAUUUUACUUUGGUGCAGAUUACCCCAGUUACUACUCUUGUCCAGUUUGGUUGACACCUACUUUAUGCUACAACUGCUAAUCCCAUCCAUUUGCAUAAUCUCUGCAGGAUCACAACUUGACAGGUAAUGGAAGAUGGUAUAAAGGGAGAUGAGACAAUGAAUAGGUCUGAUAAUGGCCAUAAUAGUGUUAUUCUUGUGUGUAUGAUCUUCAACUUGAUUCAUCAUAUCUUCUCAUUGCAUCAACUAGCUUCAAAGCUGAACGAAUUUUGGGCAUGUUAAUGAUAAUUUGUGGUGUAAAUAAUAGUCACUCACCUUGAUACUGAUAUAUUAUGCUUUGAACUCUUUCA